CGACAAUUAACUAGCCGUAGGUGGUAGAACGCGUCUAUCUAACAAAUUGUAGUUAGAAAAAAGAAUUUUGAAAUAACUUACAAUUAGUAUGGUGCAUUUGUUUGAUUUUAUAACUGAAUAUGAAUGAAUAAAUCACACUCUUUUAUUUAUAAGUAAUAAUAAAAUAAGUAACAAUGACUGACGAAGUAAUAAAACAUUCUGUGCACACACUAGUGUUUCGUUCUUUGAAAAGAUCCCAUGAUAUGUUCUUAGCAAAUCAAGGAAUGCUACCACCGAUCGACGAAAAAGCGGAGAAAAUACUUAGAGCUACUAAAACACGGGAUAGUUAUGGACUUGUCAUGUCAGCUGUACAAAAGGCACAAGCCAUCAAACAACAGGAAGCGAGCUUGAGCCGCCCAGAAACUCCCCAUGACACAGAAAUAGCGGAAUCUGCAGCCAUUGCUUCAGAUGGAGCCAUGCUUCCAUAUAGUGGGCCUGCUCCUACAAAUACAGCAAUCACACCCCUACCAAGGAAAGCUCCAGUAAUGCCGAGGCCCAAGUGGCAUGCCCCAUGGAAACUGUUCAGGGUUAUAUCUGGACAUCUUGGAUGGGUCCGUUGUGUUGCUGUGGAGCCAGGGAAUGAAUGGUUUGCUACUGGUAAAGUAUAUUGA